GCGCGCGCGCGGCGCAUGCGCGGGGUCCCCGCCGCGUCCCGUGACGGUGCGAGGGUUCUUCCAAGUGCUGAAAAAAUGUCCGGUUUUCUGGAGAGCUUGAGGUGCUCGGAGUGCGUGGACUGGGGGGAGAAGCGGAACACCAUCGCCUCUGUGGCCGCGGGAGUGCUGUUUUUUACAGGCUGGUGGAUAAUCAUAGAUGCAGCUGUGAAAUACCCUAAAGUGGAAGACUUCAACCACUCCUACCAUGCCUGUGGGGUUAUAGCCACCAUUGCAUUCCUGAUGAUCAACGCGGUGUCCAACGGCCAAGUGCGGGGGGACAGUUACAGCGAGGGCUGCCUGGGGCAGACAGGGGCUCGGAUCUGGCUGUUCAUUGGGUUUAUGAUGGCUUUUGGAUCUCUCAUUGCUUCCAUGUGGAUCCUUUUUGGAGGCUACGUUGUCAAAGAAAAACCAGUGGUAUACCCAGGAAUAGCUGUGUUUUUCCAGAAUGCAUUCAUCUUUUUCGGAGGACUGGUCUUCAAGUUUGGUCGCACGGAAGAUUUGUGGCAGUGAACUCCCCUCUGGAAGUGCCCUGGCCAGGCUGGGUUUUAACUGCACACCCCCAAAAUUUUGUAAAAACCAUUUUGUAAACCGUGACCUUCCAUUAUGUCAGAAGAUAAAUCAAGGAAAGCUGAAAGCACUAAAAAUUCCAGCUCUGUUGUGUUUGAUUUUUUUUUUUUUUACUCUUGUACGUCCACUUAAAUGUCGUGGUGUUUUUUGACAAAUGUAAAAUUGCUACAGGUAACAGUGGAGUCACUUUUCUGAUACAUUUGCUACAAAUAAACAGGAUAAUGGAAUAUGGAUGUAUUUAACCAGCUGUUUCUAUGACAUUAUUUACGAAGAAAAACUUACUAAAAUGCUUUAAAACAACUUUUUAACAUAUAUUUAUUAAAUAUUUCCUGUAUCUGGACAAUAUAACCAUUUCUUCAGUUUCAAAGGU